AUGCUACCAGCGUCUGCUUUCUCGAGAACCCUUCGUGAAGUCGCACCAGGCUUGUCGAGGCGGUUCUUUGAAUGCAGCCGUCGCAAUCAUCAUGCUUCUCAGCUUAGCAAGCUCCAAACCCCAUGUACGGGCUCCAUAAGAGCGCCACCCUCGCCGGUCACGACCAGGCAGGCUCGAUACCUCAGCACGCGUUGUGACCCGUUCAUACGGAACUGCGGUCGGCUGAAGCCCGAUUCCCCUUCAUACAACCUCAAGAUCAGAACCUCCGCGGGUGCACCUGUCCGAGAAUUCUCUGGAUCUGCGAACUCGAAAGCCACGAGCGCGGCCGACGAAGCUACAGACUCAAAUACGCAGAACAAGGAUGGAGGGCGAUCAGAAAGUCAGAGCAAGAGCAGAAGUUUCUUCCCAGAUACCUCCUCAAAUACUGUGGCCUACUGGCUUCUCGGCAGCGCUGCUAGUGUGUUCGGCAUUGUGGUGUUUGGAGGGUUAACGAGACUUACAGAGUCAGGGCUAAGCAUCACAGAAUGGAAACCCGUCACCGGCUCCCUCCCGCCCAUGUCUGACGCAGACUGGGAGUCUGAAUUUGCCAAAUAUCGCUCGAGCCCGGAGUUCCACAUGCUAAACUCGCGCAUGACGCUCGAAGAGUUCAAAUCGAUCUACUGGAUGGAAUGGAUCCACCGGCUCUGGGGUCGCUUCAUUGGGCUCUCCUUCGUGCUGCCAGCUGCUUAUUUCGUCGCGCGAAAGCAAGUCUCUCGUUCCAUGGCAAUGAGACUACUGGGCAUAGCAGGCUUGAUUGGAUUCCAGGGCUUUAUCGGCUGGUGGAUGGUGAAGUCGGGAUUGAAAGAUGACCUGUUCGCUCCGGGCUCCCAUCCGCGUGUCUCGCAGUACAGAUUGACCGCACACCUGGGCGCGGCUUUUGUCUGCUAUCUCGCCAUGCUCUGGAACGGUCUUGAUAUCCUACGAACGAACGGAAUCCUCCGUGUCUCCCCCGAAGCUGCAAACGCCACGCUCAAAACCUUGAGUAACCCGGCGUUGAGGCCUUUCAAGCGCUAUGUCUCUCUCCUAGCAGGUCUGGUCUUCAUCACAGCAAUGUCUGGCGGUCUGGUAGCAGGUCUCGAUGCGGGCCUGAUCUACAACGAAUUCCCAUACAUGGGAAUGGGCCUGACACCGCCGAAGAGCGAGCUAUGGGACAAGUUCUACUGCCGGGCACCCGACCACAGUGACCUUUGGUGGCGCAACAUGCUCGAGAAUCCCAGUCUGGUGCAGCUUGAUCACCGGAUCCUCGCGACGACCACUUUCACCGCAGUAAUGGCGCUAUGGGCAUUCUCACGCUCAGCGGCAAUGCAGAAGAUCUUGCCCAGAGCAGCGCAGAGGGGUGUCCACGGUGUCGUCGGGUUUGUGUGUUUGCAGGUCAUCCUGGGCAUUUCCACGCUGUUGUAUCUCGUACCGACGGGACUGGCAAGCGCACAUCAAGCGGGGAGUUUGGCAUUGUUGACCUGGACAAUCGUGUUGGGGAGUCGAGUCUGGUUCCCGACCCAGGCGGCGCGCAUUCUGGCCCAACGAGCGCAGGUCAACCUUGGUCGUACCGGUGCUGAGCUGGCGUCAUCGGCGGCAAAGCCAAAGUUGGUAAUGCCUGGCAGCCCAACCGCAUUGGCCGCCAUGGGCUUCAUGCCGGUUGUCACAGCCAUAGGUCUUGCUGGUAGUCUUGCUUCAACGACACAAGCGACUGUCGCGAGGGGGCAGCUAUCUGCCCGAAAGGCUGAGCAUCAGGCAAUGUCUUCGGAGGUUGAACAAACGCGGUCUUGA